AUGUAUUUAUACACGGCCGUUGCCUUGAGUUUGUCUCUACCACAUCAACAAGCAUUUCGUGGCGAUCUUGCCCUCGCCGUCACUGCGCCACUUCACGACAACGCUCUUUCGGUCUCAUCGUCGCCAUACCUGAGAAUCGACCGAUACUAUACUGGUCUUGUCCUCGCCAGCACGCUGGCUUUCGUCUUUUUCCUGUCUUUUCUUAGCACCUUCAAAUUACUCAAAAUUACGACUGUCAGGGACCCCCAGCACGUUCAAAAUAGCUAUUUGAGACUUGGCAACCAAAGUCUGGAGAAUGUUGAGGGUAUUGGUGAUAAUCCACGCCAACCCUAG